AUGUCUGACAGCAUGUGCGGCCCGUCCAACGGUGCCAAGACCCUUCUUGCGCACGCUGAUCGCGACCGCACUCUUCACCAGGACCGCCUGGUCAACUCGCCCAACUCGGCUGCCGGUGCUUCCUUCAGAAACCGCCCCUCCUUCGCUGCUGAUGGUGCCUAUGAGACCUUUCAGCAAGCCCCUAUGCUCGACGCCCCGGGUCCUUCCCUCGGCCUUGCGAAUAAUACGUUCCUGAACAACCCAGGCGUCCCGGCUUUUCAUGCUGGUCCAGCGCCUGGUGUCUUUGGUCAUGCGGUCGGAGGUGCGCCGGCUACGGCCAGUCCCAUGCACUCCUCCCGUGCCGCUGCCCACGGCUGGGUCGACCAGUUCGCCAGCAUGCAGCUCCGUCAGGACACAGCUCACGCGGCCCCGGCCAUGUCAUCUCAAGCCAUGCCGGCAACCAUGUCUACUGCAACCCACAACUCCAUGAUGGGCUUGCAGGACGACCAUAUGGCCUACAACACUCGCCAGUUUGGCGGUAUGGGAAUGGGUGUGGGUACGGGAAUGGGAAUGGGAAUGGGAAUGUCCAUGGACGAUCCUUUUGUCAUGCAUGGCACAGCCACGAACAACUUCACCCACCAGCAGCCUCAGUUCGUCCUCACCGACCACGUCGAGUCGGCUCUGGACAUUGAAGCCUUUAACAGAGCCUUUGGCGAGUACGACGAGUCUUCCUUUGAGCAAGAACUCGCUGAGUGGGCCGAGAAGGAAAAGGCCGAGAAGGCUCAGCAAGCUCAGCAGGAGUUUGAGGCUGCCGAGGCCGAGUGGAUGGCGCAGCACGGUCCGAGCGCCGAGAACAACACCAAAGUCGGCCCCCCCACCGACGAGGAGAUGGCCACCAUCGAUGCUGAUCUGGAGAACCUCGCUGAAGAGAUGGAAGCCAAGGAAGAAGCCGAGGCUCGUCGUCGCGAGGGCAACGAGGAGCUCGCCAAGGCAGCCAACGCCAUUUUGACCUCCGUCGCCGACAACCAGUCCGAGAAAUUUCAAAAGUCGACUUUCCUGGACUUGAUGCGUCGCAUCGGCAACAGAGAGGUCGAGGUCGACGGUGAUAAGCUUGUCGACGUAGCGACUGGCGAGAAGGUCAGCACCAGCCCUCCCGACUUCGGCCCCAACGACGAUGUCUCUGGCCCUUCGGAUGCGAACGACAAGGGCAACGCUCCCGCUGAACCUGCUUCUUCCGCUUGAGUUUUCGGCACCUCAAAGUCGAGGAUACUGUGUUUGACCUUGGCUCACUGUUGAUUAAAUCGCUUCACUGUAUGGGGACUGGGACGGCCAGUUUGUUAUCAUUGCAGGCGCGACAUGGUAUUGUUACAUAAUUUCUCGCUUUUG